UUGAGUGAAAGACAUGAAUGACACCAAGUGAAACGUUUUUAGCGGUUGUUCUUUCUUUGAUAAAAAUCUGAAAAUAAAUAAAAUAUUGUAACUGCUAGCUGAAUUCUCAUAUUUUGAUAAUCAAAAUGGCUAUGCAACCUCAUAGCAAGAAAAGAGUGUGUUAUUAUUACGAUAGUGACAUCGGAAAUUAUUAUUAUGGACAGGGCCAUCCUAUGAAGCCUCAUCGCAUACGUAUGACUCACAAUUUACUGCUAAAUUAUGGGCUAUAUAGAAAAAUGGAGAUCUAUAGACCCCAUAAAGCAACAGCUGAUGAGAUGACAAAGUUCCACUCAGAUGACUAUAUUCGGUUCCUACGCUCGAUCAGACCUGAUAACAUGUCAGAAUAUAACAAACAAAUGCAAAGAUUUAAUGUUGGUGAAGACUGUCCUGUAUUUGAUGGCUUGUAUGAGUUUUGUCAACUGUCAGCUGGAGGCUCUGUGGCGGCUGCAGUGAAACUGAACAAGCAGGCUUCUGAAAUCUGCAUUAACUGGGGAGGUGGGCUCCAUCACGCAAAGAAAUCUGAAGCCUCUGGGUUUUGCUAUGUCAAUGACAUAGUGCUGGGCAUCUUGGAGCUGUUGAAGUACCACCAACGCGUGCUGUACAUCGACAUCGAUGUUCACCACGGCGACGGUGUUGAAGAAGCAUUCUACACAACAGACAGAGUAAUGACAGUGUCAUUCCACAAAUAUGGAGAAUAUUUCCCAGGGACAGGUGACUUGCGCGACAUCGGCGCAGGCAAGGGCAAGUACUACGCGGUGAACAUCCCGCUGCGGGACGGCAUGGACGACGACUCGUACGAGUCCAUCUUCGUGCCCAUCAUCUCCAAGGUCAUGGAGACCUUCCAGCCCAGCGCCGUCGUGCUGCAGUGCGGGGCCGACUCACUCACAGGCGACAGACUGGGCUGCUUCAACCUGACGGUGCGCGGGCACGGGCGCUGCGUGGAGCUCGUCAAGCGCUUCGGGCUGCCCUUCCUGCUCGUCGGCGGCGGCGGCUAUACAAUCCGCAACGUGUCCCGCUGCUGGACGUACGAGACGUCGGUGGCGCUGGGAGUGGAGAUCGCCAACGAGCUGCCGUACAACGACUACUUCGAGUACUUCGGGCCGGACUUCAAGCUGCACAUCUCGCCCAGCAACAUGUCCAACCAGAACACGCCGGAAUACUUAGAGAAGAUUAAAAACAGAUUGUUUGAGAACCUUAGAAUGCUGCCGCACGCUCCUGGAGUCCAGGUCCAAGCUAUUCCUGAGGAUGCUGUAAACGACGAAUCUGAAGAUGAAGAUAAAAUAGAUAAGGACGAGAGGCUACCACAAAGUGAGAAGGACAAGCGCAUCACGGGGUCGGGCGAGCUGUCGGAGUCCGAGGACGAGGGCGCCGGUCGCCGCGACGCUCGCUCGUACCGCGCGCAGCCGCGCAAGCGCCCGCGUCUCGACAAGGACACUGACCUCAAGGACGACCUCAAGGCCGAAGAUUCGAAGGACGACGUGAAAAAUGUGACUGGCAUAGAAGAACCCAAAAAAGAAGUGACGACCAAUCCCUGAUGCGGACGUUAGGUGAUACAGGCUUGUAAAGUGAUUCCUAAGUAUCGACACAUAUUCACUUUUAAGAUCAAGAAGAAAUAAUGAAAAUUAGUUUUUAUUCAAAUCUAGAUUUUUAUUUAAUUAUACUAAUAAGACAAUUAGCUACAUUCGACAGAUUAAGCUACUAGAUGAUUCAGUAUGAUGUGAUCGACAGGCCACUAUCGAUAGUUUGGCCACAGUGGAACCAUUGAUACUAUCGAUAGUACUCAAAACUAUCGAUACUACAGUAGCACUAUCUGUAGUUUAGAUGGUUUUCAAGCAUAGGCCUCACUUCGUGUACACCAACCUCUGUCCUGUGCCUCUCUCAUCCAUGUACAGUACAACUUGCGACUUUCGUUAUAUCGUCCGCACAUCUCAUCGCAGCUCUUCCGACAGCCCUCUCGCCGGCCCCAGGUCAUCAUUGAAGGGAUAUGUGCUUGCGAACAAUGCUUUCUAGUUAAAACUUAUGAAAUAUUUUACAGAGGCACUGAUGAAAUUGGCAUGAAAUCAUGCGGCUUGCUGCGAUUUUAUUUUCUGUCGUUUAAAUUCUGUCCGCACAUCAACUGGUAAAGACAAGAUUACUUUGUUUAUUUUUAAAUCUUGACAUAGGAUGAAUGUAUACUUGACGCAAUAAAAAUAUUAGAUCUCUCAGAUGGUAUAAAGAAAGAGUUCGGGAUUUUAGGUAGGAAUGUUUAAAAAAAAUGAAUUUUAGUCAUAAGAUUUUUAUAUUUUAACAUAAAGCCUAAGAUAUUAUGUAGGUGAAAUAAAACCACAUCUGCAUUUUGUAAUCAUAAAACAUAUUAUCAUUUAAAUAUCACUUCCCAUGAGAUGUUCUUAAAAGUGUUGUAUCAUUGACGUCUUAUCUGGCGUUGGCGUCUACCAAUAUGAUUCGCCACGCAACGCACUACGAGUCGACACGCUAAGAAAGAGAUGAUCUUAUACAUCACAAUGUCCAGUACGGAUUAAUAGUAACCUUUCAGCUAAAGAUAUGGUGGAACAUACAAUUUUGUCACUGGAAUCGUUUAUCCUGGUAGUUUAGUCCAUAUUAAUAAUAUAAACAUAUUAUUAAUAUGGUAGUUUAGUCCAUAUUAACAAUAUAAACUUAUUAUUAAUAUGGUCUAAACUACCAGGAUUAUGGGGUGAAGAAUAUAUAAUAAACCUUUUCGCCUUUGGGGUCAUAUAUCUGAAAUACUUAUGUCGUUUGUGAUGUGUAGGGAACAAUUUCCAAAUGCAUUAAAUGAAUUUAUUUUGUAUCAAACUUUAGCUACAUAAAACAUACAUAUACAUAGAAUCUGAAGAAAAUGUAUUCAGUCAGGUCAUGUGAAUUGUAUCCUAUCCUACUAAUAUAAUAAAUGCAAAAGUUUGUUAGGAUGUAUGUGUCUAUGUAUGUUACUCUUUCACGCAAAAUAUACUGGACCGAUUGUUAUGAGAUUAUUCCAGUUUAUGCCCGUGUUUUAAACUAUAAUUCUUUUUAUCCCGAAAUUGCCACGGGAGCGAAACCCCGGGGCGCAGCUAGUAUUGAAAUAUAUCUGAACACAAAACGUCUAGCACCCACUCCAAAACAAUUUUAUCAUUGAAGAUGUUCAUUCAUUUAAGUUAGGUAGGUCGAUUAGUUUAUUAUUGUAUUAUAUAUAAUUUGAUGACUGAAUAUAGCGUAAUCAUUGAUUAUUGUGGGAUGAUUAUGAAAUUAACGUAAACGUUGAUACGUUUUACAGUUCUAUCUUUUGAAGAAUAAAGAUGAGAAAGGAAUUGUUUGAAGAUAUCCUUUUUGAUCCGCCUUAUUAGUACAACAAUAGAUUUAGUAUACUACUAGUAUCAUAUUUUCAUAUGAAUAUUGCACAAAUGUGGUAAAAAAAUAUUUAAAAUAUAUAUUUUUCAUGAACAUAAUCGUAUGUUUAUAAAAGUAUAUAUAUUUUAAUAUUUUUUCAAAUAUUCAUUACAUCUGUCUUUUGUACACACGACCGUAAUUGGAUAAUUUCUCACUAUCGGAUAAUCAAACUGUACCUUAAUGUAGUAGUUACUAAAUCUAUGAGUACAUCGGUAUUUAUUUACUGCGAUUUUUAAGAAUGAAUUAAAUCGUGUUUUGAUUGAACGAAAUUAGUGUUUUUGUUCUAUUCCGUUAGUUCGGCUACUGAUUGUUCAAAGUCCUUGGACCUUUGUGCACUAACAUUUUCGGAAAUUACUUAUGUGUACCUCGGUCGUAAUCGACCGAAGUCUGAAUUAAAUUUAUUUUAUAUUAUCAUCUUAGUAAAGUAAUACGCUGUAAAUAUUUUUUUACUGUUAAAUAUAUCAACUGUGUCCUAAAA